CCUAGAUAGAACUCACUAUGUAGACCAGGCUGGCCUUGAACUCACAGAGAUCCGCGUGCCUCUGCGUCCCGAGUGCUGGGAUUAAAGGCGUGCACCACCAUGCUUGGCAAACAUUUAUUUUUAACGGAACAGAAUCCUUCCUUCCACUUGGGAGUCGGGGCUAAGAGGUAGAAUUUGAAUCCUAGCUCUGCAGUUGGUCGUUAAAGCAGGUACUGUGAUUUCCCUGGGUUCAGCGUCUUCUGCUCCAAAAAGACAAAGGUACUUGUACAGUAGAGGAGUGAGCACGCCCAGUGACUGACACCCCUGUUAGCCCCAUUCAUUCCGACGUCUGUGGUCAUGGGCUGCAGAAAGUCUGCUCCUGACCUGCAAUGCGCCUGAGCCGAGGAUGAUGCCUAUCAGAGCUGGGGGGUUGGGAAGGGGGUGUCACCACUCUGGUACAGGGGCCACAGAAGAGAAUUUCAGGUUGAGCCACAGCGAAGCGAGUUCUUUAUUGAGGAAACAAAGAAUAGACCAGUGAAAUAGUCAUGUGCAGGUGUUAGGUAUAGGGGAGAACCUCAGCAGUAACUAAGUGAUCAGGGGGCUUUGGAGCUGUUUAUUCUGCAGCCACGUUUACAUAGUAGUGGUGCGUGCUGCUCUCCUGGGUCUUCUGGUCCUCAGAAAUCUGUCCUUGAACAGGACUUUUUAAAGGUGCAUUAUGCGGCUUUGCAGCUACUAGAGUUGAGGAGAGCUGAGAGUCUAUGGCAUGGCUUUGAUUUCCCUACGGAGGAACUUCUGUCAUUUAUCUGAUUUCUGGAUACCUGGAGUUGUGGCCGCCCUGAAAGCGCCCCCUAGGGCCAAUCAUAUCCACAAGGUGGUCAGAGAUCACCUAUAUCUUUGGUUCGAUUCCCUGCAGCCUGAGCUGCUCCAGGUCAGAUUUCAUCAUGCCUAUUGUAAAAGCUUCCAUUCUGAAAAUGGACAUGACCUUCAUCCAGUUGGUGAGCCAUCCUUCUCCCCAGUACAUGAAGAGGACCCGGUGGAGCAGAGUCUUCAAAACCAGAACGAACAGGUGUUUCAUAGGAGACUGAACAACUUUACCUCAGCACAAGAAGUGCUGGGUUUUCUAAGCACACUGGAGACUCUGCCUGACACCUUGGCAGUGGGAGCUUUACAGAGGAUUUGUGAGGUGGAAAAGAGAGCCGGGUCUCAAGAAAUACUAGGGGACAGUGCCUUCCAAGCCCUGUGCUCUCGGUUUGAACAGGAACCUUCGCAUCUGUCAAACGCUGUUUUGAUGACUGCUUUGCAGUCUCUGAUUGUGCUGCGUGUGGAUCCUCAAAGCAGCCUGGUGCUGAACCUUGUGGCAGAAUGCCAGAAUCGCAUGAAAAGAGGUAGUCUGGAGGUCCACCAUCUUUUUGUUCUUGGGGAAAGUCUGGUUCAGUUGCAGGGUCCAGGUCGUGAGACACUGGAACUCAUUAUAUAUCGACUGCAAGGUGAAAAAUUGGAAGCAUUUACCCCAGAGGAUAUCGUGACCAUUUACAGAAUUCUACAGGCGUGUCCUGAAAAAGUAGAACAGCACCAAAAGUUUCUAAACACAAUAAACAGCUUUUCCCCUUCAGUAGUUUCCUACCUGAGUCCCAAGUCCGUCAGCCAAAUGCUCACUGCCUUGGUUGUCCUUGAUCAGACGCAGGCUCUUCCUCUGGUUCUAAAAUUGGGCAAAUAUGUUGUGAGACACAUUCCUCGUUUUACGCAUGAAGAGCUCAGGAAAGUCUUGGAGGCGUUUGUGUACUUGGGACACACUGACAGGUUUUUAGUAAGGGCUCUAGAACAGCAUGUCUCUGCUCUGUGCCUCACCUUGGACCCUGAAGUUGCCUGCACGGUGACGGACUACUGUAGUCGGAAGCAGAUUCUUUCCAAGCCCAUCCUCAACACAGUCGCAGAGAUUUUCAUUUGCCAGUCAGAAAAACUUUCACCCAGUCAGAUUGCUGAUUUAAUCGAACCAUUUGGAAAGCUCAAUUACCUGCCACCAAAUGCCCCUGUUUUAUUUAGGAAGCUAGAAAGUGUGCUGUUCGCCCGUUUCAAUUCUUUCCCGCCGAAAACCCUGCUGAGACUCCUUCAUUCCUGUGCCCUGGUUGAGCACCAUCCGGUCAACUUUAUGUCAAAACUUUUCAGCCCUUUUUUUCUUCAGCGCCUGCAAGGUGAAGAGUCGUAUUUGGACCCAUUGAGCCUGGCACAGCUGACCCAGCUUUUCCUAACCUCAGUCCUAGAAUGUCCAUUCUAUAAGGGCCCCAAACUUCUUUCUAAAUAUCGAGUGAAGUCAUUCUUCACCCCGUGCUGCUCCUUGGAGACCCCUGUGGAUUUCCAUCUCUAUAAGUCGGUGGUGAUUGGACUGAUGGACCUUUUAGGAUCAAGAUUAUGUUUUGCUUCUAAGGUGUUAACACCCUGUUGUUAUACCAUAGAUGUUGUAAUUAAAGUAAAUGAAGAAGGAUUUGUCUUGCCAUUUACAGCAGAUGCGGAUGUCCAUAAAAGGGUAGCACUGUGCAUUGAUGGUCCACAAAGAUUCUGCUCUAACAGUAAACACUUACUAGGCAGAGAAGCCAUCAAACAAAGACACCUCCGAUUACUCGGCUACCAGGUGGUUCAGGUCCCUUAUUAUGAGCUGGAGCUGCUGAGAUCAAGACUCAAAUUGGUGGACUAUCUACAAAGAAAACUGUUCUCUCAACGCUCCAUUACCCGUUGGUAAAGAAAGUUCAGACUGAUUCCAGGAUUCAGAUAGUGAAAGAACUUGUGUUUGUAGGGAGCACUGUUUAAUUUAUCAAUUAACCACUUUAUGGAAGUAGGUUUACAGACUUGGGAUCUGAAGAGGGUCCAUGGUUUUUCUUAUACUAUGUAUACAUGUAUUGGUAAAUUUAAAAAUCAUUUUAACUUAAUACUAGUGUCAUGGAUACCUUGUACGUGGCAAACAGAAUCAGUCCAAUAAAGGAAUGUAAUGAGUACGUGUUAAUUUUCAA